AAAACGAGGUGUUACCAAUGACCAUCAUUCCUAUUCCCAUCUGUGUGAAAAACAACCUGACAGUUUCAUGUGUGCUGACUGCAAGACCUUAGUGGUUUGUGUACUGGGACAAGCCUUUGUUCGCCACUGCAUUGAAGAUCAUUACUGUUCUCAAAAGAACGAAUUCGGAGGGGGUGUAUGCUACCCUGAUGAACCCACAGAGUGUACUUGCGAAAGGGCAGACGAGUUUCGUGUAGAUCCCUAUGACCCACAGAAGUUCUUCUUUUGUAAGGAUGUUGGCUGGACACCAGAAAGUCACAAGUGCCCUGAUGGACAGAAAUUCGAUAGCAACUCUGCUCUAUGCAAGACUGAUACUGGAUUUCCAUCGUGUACCCUUUCUGGAACUUUUGCCAACACAAAAAACUGUGGAGAUUACUACUCGUGUAUUCCCUUGAGACAUGGCUGGGUGCAGAAGUUCUACAUGUGCAACGGAAACCACUUGUUCAAUGAGAGAACCAAGACUUGUGAAGAUCCCUGUUCCUUGGUGUUUGUGUGCCGGCAGGAAGGAAGAUUUCCAGACCCCCUUAACAUGCAGCAUUACUUUGAAUGCUUCAUCGAACUUGGCCAAAUGGUGAAGAUGCGUUAUCAGUGUCCUGAUGGUUACAUGUGGAAUGAAGAAGGCUUUGGGAUAGGAAAGUGUGUGGAAGCAACGGGAGAUUACCUGGACUAUCCCUUUGCUCACUGUGAUCUACCCGAAGACCUUUGUCCACAUAGUGAUCCAUGUCUACAGAAUCCUUGCUUUAAUGGAGUAACUUGCACUUUCACUACUGUGGCCCCAUUCUACAUGUGUGGUCCCUGUCCUGUAGGAUAUACUGGUGAUGGGCAAACUUGUAAUAUAUUAAUGUGCCCUGUUGGGUUUGCUGGUAUUGGUAUUGACUGUGCCCCUGACUCUGACCUGGAUGGCUACCCAGACACGGAGCUAGGAUGUUCAAGCAAAUACUGCCGUAAGGAUAACUGCAUCAAUAGGCCAAAUUCUGGGCAAGAUGAUGCUGAUGGUGAUGGCCUUGGUGAUGCUUGUGACUUGGAUGCUGAUGGAGAUGGAUUCGACAGCAACUCGGAUAACUGCCCACUAAUUUCCAAUAUUCUGCAAGAAGACUCCGACUCGGAUGGACGAGGGGAUGUCUGCGAUAACUGCCCUGCAGUUUCCAACCUAAAUCAAAAGGAUACUGAUGGGGACAAAGUGGGGGAUGCCUGUGACGAUGAUCUAGAUGAUGAUGGAUCUCUGAAUGCAGCUGAUAACUGUCCCUGGAUUGCUAAUAGCAACCAAGCAGAUGCUGAUGAGGAUAGUAUUGGAGAUGUUUGUGACAAUUGUCCUCAAACUGUUAAUCCUGGACAGGAAGAUGGAGAUCAAGAUUUUCUAGGUGAUGCCUGUGAUAGUGAUGCUGACUUGGAUGGUGAUGGUGUGGACAACACUGUAGACAACUGUCCAUCUAUAGCAAACAGUAACCAGCUGGAUGUGGAUGGAGAUGGUGAUGGAGAUGCCUGUGAUGCAGACAGGGAUAAUGAUGGUGUUGAUGACCCUAUUGACAACUGUAUACUUAUCCCAAAUUCGGGCCAGGAGGAUAGUGAUGGGGAUGGCCGUGGUGAUGCUUGCAUAAUGGACUUUGAUGGUGACAGAAUAGACGAUUAUUAUGACAACUGCAUAAAGAAUCCCAAUGUGCACAGUACAGACUUCAGGAAACUCCAAAUGAUAGCCCUAGAACCACAGAGUGCAAGUGCCCCUCCAGUAUGGGUCGUCUAUGACGAUGGUGCAGAGAUUCACCAGACUGUGAAUUCUGAUCCUGCUCUAGCAGUGGGUGACCAUGUAAUGAUUGAUGUCGACUUUGAUGGCACCUUCUUCAUUGAAGAUACUAGUGAUGACGACUUUGUUGGCUUUGUAUUUGGGUACCAAAGCAAUGCCAGGUUCUAUGUUGUGGCAUGGAAAAAGGAUCCACAGAACUGGUUUAACAACGCUGAGAGGGGCGUUACCUUAAAGGUGGUUGACUCUGUAACAGGCCCUGGCACAGCACUUAGGGAUGCCCUGUGGUUUACUGGUUCCACACCAAAUCAGGCAACACUUCUCUGGCAUGAUGGCAGCAUUGGAUGGACCCCAAAUGUGGCAUAUCGCUGGCAACUUCACCACCGUCCUACUAUUGGCACCAUUAGGUUCUACUUGUACCAGGGCACUAAUCUAGUUAUGGACUCUGGAAACAUUUAUGAUGACACCCUGAAAGGAGGAAGACUAGGACUAUACUGCUUCUCUCAAGAAGAGAUUAUUUGGUCUAAUGUAAAGUACACUUGUGAAGAUGAAAUACCUCAAGCAAUGUUUGAUGAUCUUCCACAAGAUGUGAAGGACCAAGUACUGAAUACAACCAGUGUUGGCACAAAAAGUGUACUUCAGUCCUUGAAAGUGGAUAAGCUUAAAGGUGAAGAUUCUGUGGCUAGAGCUGCACCUUUAGUCGUGGGCAGCCAGACUCCUGAACCUCCUUCUACCUCGGGUGAUAAGCCUUCUAUGAGAUGGUUCAAGGGAUAGGCUUGUACAAAGAAAUUAUAGGGAUAUUGUAUUUUAUUAAAUCUAUUUUAAUUU